GGGCCCCGGGCCCGGUGCGUGUGUGUGUGUGUGCGGGAGCGGCCCGGCAUGUCCCAGGCCACUUACAAUAAGCUGUGGAGAGAUGCCAUGGAGGACCUGGACAUCCAGCUCCAGAAGGAAAGAGGAGAGUUCCUCCAGCCAGAGGAGAACCACAAGAAAGUGCUGGAGAUGUUGACCACUUCCUACAUCAAAUACAUGCGGAUCUUCCGGAGCUUGGAGACGGCCCAUGAUCACCUCGUUAACCAGCAGAAACAAUCACUGAUCAGGCAGGUCCUCGAUGGUGUGAUUGGCCGGAUCCUGGAGAUUAAAAAAGAGAUGGUGGAGCUGGAGAACUCGGAGUUCCAGGUCAUGGAUGAUACCCUGGUGGAUCUACAGCUUCUCCCGGAAGACCUAGAAGUGCCUAUCCCAAGGUAUUUCAUUAAGGAAAACCUGGAAGUCCUGCAGGAGAGGGAGAGAAUCCUCGAUGAGGUUUUGCUUAAUGAAAGCUUGGAAACAGAGCAACCUCUGGAGGCACCUGAAGAGCCUGUUGAAACAACCCAGGCUGCAGACGAGGACCAUCCUCCAGCAGCAUUCAUGAAGCAAACUUACCUUACAAGGAGGAGAGAAAUUCCACUUCCCAAGCUCAUCAGCGCUGCCACUUGCAUCCAAAAGGUCUGGCGUGGGUAUAUCCAGCGUAAGAAAACAGACAUAAUGAGAGAAGAGGAAAUGAUAUUCCUGGGGAUGAGCCUGCCUCCUCCCCUCCAGGCAAGCAGUGUUCCACAGACACCAGCCAGGCAGGUAACUGCCCAGAAAGCUGAGGUCCAGAAGAGCCAGGAGAAAGUCCUCACCAAGGAGAAGCUGAGAGAAAGGGAGAGGCUCAACAUCAAGGAAGAUCUGCAGGAGCAGAUGGGCCAGUGCUUCAUUGAGUGCCGGCACAUCUUGGGCAGGUUUCCUGACUACCCCACUGAAAAGGCAGGAGGUUCCAUGGCUCUUUUUUCUCAAAAAACUCCAGAGCAGGUGGCUGCAGAACUGGCUGCCAAGGAGGAGAUGGCUUUGCAGAACAAAGACAAAGCAGCCAAGGACAAAAUGAAGGACAAAACCCCCCAGAAACCUGGGAAGAAGGAAAAGCCUGCUGAAGAAGAGGAGGGAGGCUGGAGAAUGGCUCCUAGUCAUUUCCUUUCCAUCCUGGAGGAAGGAAACAGUCACUACAAAGCCUUUUGGCAGAAGAGAGACCAGAGGUGGGAUUUUCUCCAGGAUCAUGACCCAGAGCUGAUCAAAGAGGUGAAAGAGGAAGAUGUGGAAGAAGAGCUGAGAAUGCAGGUUGGGGAAUUGAUGCAGCAGAAGCUAGAGGACCUCAGGCUGGCUGUGGAUGGAGAGAAGAGGGACAAACCCAAAAAAGGAAGGAAGGGUGCCAAGAGCAGCAAGGGCAAGAAGACAAAAGGGAAGAAGAAAAGGUCUGAGCUGGAGGAAGAUCUAACUCCUGACAGGACCAUUGAGUCCCUGUACAAGGAACUGGUGGCAGGAGGAUUCCUGAUCAAAGCCCAGAAUGUGAACAUCUCUGAUUAUCUUGGUGACAGCAGCUCCUCAAGCCCCCAGCAGAAGGAGCAGGUCCCAGUGCCCUCUGCUCCAGCCAUCAGGCACCUGGUGUCCCUCUAUGCAAUCCUGCCCCUCGGUUCCCCAACGGUCCAUGAGAGGGCUCCUCUGGUGAAAGCCUUGUUACUCGCUGGACCAUCUGGGGUUGGCAAGAAGAUGUUGGUCCAUGCCAUCUGCAGGGAAACAGGAGCCAACCUCUUCAACUUGUCUGCUUCCAACCUUGCUGGGAAAUUUCCAAGCAGGAAGGAGGUGCAACUGCUGCUCCACAUGGUCCUCAAGGUGGCCAAGGAGUUGCAGCCUUCAGUGGUGUGGGUUGGAGAGACAGAAAAAGUCUUCUCCAAAGCUGGGCCAAAGGCUGGAGGAGAGAUGAGCAGCCUGGAAAAGCUCCUUCCUGAAUUCCUGAAGGCUCUGAAAGCCCAGGACAGAGUCCUGCUGGUGGGAACCACCUCCCAACCCUUCCAGGCCAACCCCAAACCCUUCUGCAAGCUCUACCAGAAAAUCCUCCUCGUCCCCAGGCCUGACUAUGCCUCUAGACAUGCUUUAUGGAAGCACUUCAUCCUGCAGCACGGCGGGGUGAUCACCAAGAGGCUGAAGCUCAGCAGCCUGGCUGAGGUGUCUGAUGGUUUCACCCAAGGCAAGAUCCUCCAGGCAGUUCAAGGUGUCCUCAAGGAUCUUCGGCUCCUGCAGAUGGACAAGCAGCCCCUGAGGGUUGAGGAAUUCCUGGUCUCUCUGGGGAGGCUGGAGCCUGUGUACCAAGAGGAAGAAGAAGCAUUCAAGGCUUGGUAUGCCAGGACACCUCUGGGACAAGCAUGGAGCAAAGCCCUGGCAGCAAGGAAGGAAGAGGAAGACCCCAAGAAGAAAGGAAAGGGGAAAAAAUGACUUCCUGAAAGAUUAUUUUUAUUAUUGUCAUUAUUAUUAUUAUUUGACAGGUUAUGAGAGAGGGGGCAGAACUGAGGACUGGGAGGUGCCAUCAAGUUUUAGGUUGGACUCUUA